AUGCCACGUAGAGGACGACGCUCCGAGGCGGCUAAGGCGAGAUGGAGGAAGCUGGAGAGUGUGCCGGUCGACGCAAAGCCUGGGACACCACCGCUCACAACCAGCGCUUGGAACCCGACUCGGUCUCCGCCAAAGAAGAUGUCCCGACUGCUGGAGGGUGGCCUGCCCGACCAGAUGUCGCCUCCCGUGGUGCGUCAGGAGGAGCCCCGCGUGCGACCGGCCUCCCCUGGGUCACGCCGUGGGACGGGGCGUCGCCGUCGGGUGGAGACGUGGCCAGCCUCCCGGGUGACCAGACGGAGCUGCAAGUUGGUUCUGCCUACUGCCGGGGCUCUGGAGAAGAAGUUUGCUCUUUUGGUUGGUGAUUCCCAUCUGCGUGCUAUUGUGGAUGGGUAUUCUACCAUGCCAAAGGGCGACUUCUCCUUAGGGGUGCUUGCAUCCCCCGGUGCCUCUGCGGAAGAGUUGCGGCUUGAGGUGCUGGAUGCAGUUCUGCCUCGGCCCCCCGAGGUGAUCUGUCUUCUGGCCCCAAGUAACAACUUAACCGCCAGCAGGACCUUCGUGGAGGCCGGAGCGGCGUUUGACGCUUUGUUGAGUACCGUCUGCAACCUCUCUGCUAAUGUGGUCGUUGUGGACUUUCCACCGCGCCUUUGCGUGGAGGAAAGUGUGCAACAGCUGCUGCGGCAAGAGUUUCAACGUGUGGCUGCUCAGAGAAGUGUUCGGUACUUGCCUGUCACUGAACACUUCCCGUUGAGCAGCCUGGCCUUGUGGAGCAGGGAUGGCGUUCACCUGAGCGACCAUCCUGGGAUGGAGGUCCUUGCUCAGUUGCUUGAGGCGGCGAUCUGCUCGCAACUUGAGUUAAGUGCAUCGAAAUCUCCUGCUCCUGUGAUGUUGGCUCCUCCCCCUCCUGGGACGGCUCCCAUAACCGCGGUGAGACGUUGCCUGCCCCGGCUGGUUGUGGUUGGCGAGGAGGCUGCUCCCCGUCGUUCGGAGCCCUUCGCCUGGACUGUGGUUGGUGGUGGUCGGAAGGCUUCUGCGCUGGAACCCGGGAUCAGCGGUCCACCUGUCCUGUUGGUAAGUGCUACACAUUCCCAGGCCGACAAGAGGUAUGCUGCAUUUUCCCGUAAUCACCAGUGCACAUGCAUGGCACUAACAUUUUUAGCUUACCACAAUGAGGGGUUGCAGUUUGACACAGUGAUGCUUGACAGAGUGAUUGAAAAAGGAGACCAACUUUAUGCCGGCGUUAAACAGCACCUGAUCAGUGAUGGAACAUUUCGUGACAAUCACUUGACGUUUGAACAGAUGCCUGACCAUGUGCUGACCGAUAGGAACAUCUAUGCAGUACACACAAGUGGUUUAAGGGUAGGUCCUGUUUUUGCUCGUAGCGAGAGCCCUCAAGCAUCUCGACAAUUGGGUUUGCCUCUUGCCCUGCAACUGGAAUGUCUGUCGGAAAAUGUCACCCAUGCUUUCCUUUUGGUGACUCCAGAGUGCAUUGCAGUUUUCAGGGACAGAAGCGGUCGGUUUGGAUUUUUUGAUUCCCACUCAAGAAAUUCAGCAGGCCUGCCCCACCCCAGUGGAACUGCAGUAAUGAUGACUUUCUGCAACCUGUCUGACAUGGUCAGCCAUCUACUGAAGCUCUUUCGAAAUCGCGGCCCCAAUGCCACCUAUGAGUUUGUGCCAGUAGGUUUUGACAGGGAAGAUGAAGAUCAUCCUCAGAACUUGACUUUUCAGAACAUUUCACCUGUAGCCACACAGGUAAGUCCAACUGCUUUGAAAUCAGAGAGUCCGUCUGAUGAGGAAAUGCCUCCUUGGCUUAGGGACGUUGCAAACGUAUUAGUGGAGACAGCUCCAACCGUUACAAAUUUGUCAAAAGUGCCAAAAGCCAAUAGAAGAAAAAUUAAAAACAGGAUCAAAACACAACAGAGACAGAAUGUAGGAAGUAAAAUGAAACAAAGUUCAUCUGAAAAAGAAAGAUAUCUGACAUCUCCAACAUUUAGGACCAAAAAGCUACAGGCCUUAAAAGAAAAAUACAUUCUUCAUCAAGUAGAGAGGAAGGAUCAGUUAAAUAAUAGAUAUAGAACAGAUGCAUCUUUCCGGAAGAGACGAAUAAAUUACAUCAAGGACAGAUUCAAUUUUGUCCGUAGCUUCAGAGACAGUCAUAAAGCCAAGAUGGCUGAGUAUAUGAGGAAACGAUUCAGAGAUGAUCCAGUGUUCAGAAGCAAACACAAAAAAACAAUGCGUGAAUAUAUGAAGGCGAAGUAUCAUAGUGAGCCUGCUUAUCGAGCAAAACAUAAAAAAAAUGUGCUGCCAACAGAAGAGGCAGACUAUCAAGAGAAGCACGUUCCAAAAAUUUGCAGCCUCCUGACAUAGCACAGGAAGUAUUGUCAUAUGGAGAAGGGAUUUUCAGCAUUGCGCCGGCUCAGGGGAACAAGCCCAUCUCCUUCUUCAGUGUUCCAAGACUUGAAGCAAAUGCUUAUCCCGUACAUUUCCCAACUGGAAUAAACACAUUAGAUGAAGCCCGCCGUGUUGCACUUUCACCGAGUAUGUAUUUCAAUGUACGACUUUUCUCAAUAGAUACUCGGUUUGCCAAAGACCAGAGUUACCUUUUCUUUGCUCAGUUUGCUACGGAAACUCAUAUUGCCAAUAAUAGUAUGUCCAUUCAGAGAAGAAAAGGGAAACCAAGCACCAAAGAUGGGAAAAAUAUUUCCAGCAAAGUGCUGCAGGAUAAAGAGGAGUUGGAAAAACUUUUGUUAAGCUUCAUUUCAAAGG